AUGGAUAGUGAUGAUUCUAAUUCGUGUGACGAUAAUGUGGAAUGUUGGGUGGAAGAGGAUAGAAAAUUCGAAAUGUUAUGUGGGUUAGCUCUGAAAGGGAUAAUACUAGCUUGUAAGAUACGUAGGCCAUGUCACACUUCAGCCCGCACCGGUCACAUAUUUAUUAAUGAAGUAUUAAAUGGUCAUCCUAGACGGUGUUACGAGAUGUUUAGACAGCAUGUACCGGUUUUUAGACAAUUAUGCAUAGAUCUUGCUACAAAUUACGGACUUCAACAAACACGGAAUAUAUCUAUUGAGGAGUCGGUAAGAAUAUUCUUGAUGACUUUGGCCGAUGGAUGUAGCAAUAGAUUUGUGCAAGAUUUUUUUAAUCAUUCCGGGGAAACGAUUCAUAGGCAUUUCCAUACAGUUUUGGCAGUUGUGCUUAAGAUGAGUGCCGACAUCAUCACGCCAGCCGCCAACUAUAAUGAUGAAGUUCCUGAAUAUAUAUUAAACAAUCCUCGAUAUUAUCCAAUGUUCAAGGAUUGCAUUGGCGCUAUAGAUGGGACACGCGUUAGGGCAUCCGUUUGA